UUGUGGUUUUCUGUUGGGCGCCAUUUUGAUUGAAGAGAGGUGUUUGCGAGCGGCCCUUCGUUAGCUAUUUUUCUCAGUUUAAGCCAAUUUAAACCGGAGUCGACUGACGUUUGACAGAAACGAACUAAUUUGAGGUCUCCAAAAAUGGCCACGGGAGCAAAUGCAACUCCUUUAGGGAAGUUGCAUCCGAGUAUUGGCGCUAAACGGGGAUUUGACGCCGGGCCUGGAGCGGGGAAUGGGUUGAUACCGACACCGGGGCCGCCCGCGUCCUUUCCUUCGCUACAAGCUUUCCAGCCUUCGAUUCCAAGCGCAGCUUUCCCACCGGCACACCAAUUCAAUCUAACCCCUGGCGCGGGUUUCGCGACUCCGGUUCAACAACCACCAGCUCCGGUGACCACACUGGCCAAGCUAGAUUUCUGUCAGAAGAAACAAAGGAAGAAGAGCCGCUGGAGCAGCGAGACGCCCGAUCAGAAGACGGUUAUACCGGGCAUGCCCACUGUUAUUCCCCCCGGAUUGACCCGGGACCAGGAGAGAGCCUAUAUAGUCCAACUGCAGAUUGAAGACCAGACACGUAAACUGCGAACAGGAGACCUGGGAAUCCCUGUUAACCCUGAGGACAGGUCUCCCUCUCCGGAGCCCAUCUACAACAGCGAGGGCAAGAGGCUAAACACCCGCGAGUAUCGCACGCGGAAGAAGAUUGAGGAGGAACGACACUCUCUCAUCACUGAGAUGGUUGGACUCAACCCCGAAUUCAAGCCUCCUGCAGAUUAUAAACCGCCAGCAACCAGGGUCAACGACAAAGUUAUGAUUCCCCAAGAUGAAUACCCCGAAAUCAACUUUGUUGGUCUGCUGAUUGGGCCACGUGGUAAUACACUGAAGAACAUUGAAAAGGAGUGCUGUGCUAAGAUCAUGAUCCGUGGAAAAGGUUCUGUGAAGGAGGGGAAGGUCGGCCGGAAGGAUGGACAGAUGCUCCCAGGGGAAGAUGAGCCUCUGCAUGCCCUGGUCACCGCCAACACCAUGGAGAAUGUCAAGAAAGCUGUGGAGCAGAUACGGAACAUCCUGAAACAAGGCAUCGAGACGCCUGAAGAUCAAAAUGACCUUCGAAAGAUGCAGCUGAGGGAGCUGGCGAGACUCAAUGGCACACUGAGGGAAGACGACAACAGGAUCCUUCGUCCUUGGCAAAACGCUGAGCCACGCAGCAUCACCAACACCACCCUCUGUACCAAGUGCGGUGGAGCAGGCCACAUCUCCUCUGAUUGCAAGUACACCAGCACAUUUGCUGCCCACAGAGCAACAGGUGGCGAGCCGCCUCAGUCAGCCCAGGACAAGGCUCGUAUGGACAAGGAGUACCUGUCCCUCAUGGCCGAGCUGGGCGAAGCUCCGGUCCCCACAUCUGGAGGAGGACACUCUAGUAACCAGGGAGGAGGGCAUCGGUCCUCAGGCCCCAACAACAACCAUCCACCUCCACAGAACCGGCCUCCUUGGAUGAGCUCUGCCCCGACUGAGAACAGGAACUACCAUAGCAUGCAUGGAGGGCAUGGAGGGCAUGGAGGCCACGGUGGCCACGGUGGCCACGGGGGACCCCACAACUUCCCACCCCCCAUGCCCAACAUGGGAGGCCACCCUCUGCCCCACAACCCCAAUGGCCUGCCUCCCCCUUGGAUGCAGCCUCCGCCUCCCCCCAUGGGCCAGGGUCCGGGACCUCAUGGACACCCCAUGAGUCUGCUGCCUCCUCCAAUGGGUAUGAUGCCACCUCCACCUCCUCCCCCCAGCAACCAGCCACCUCCCCCUCCUUCUGGUCCCAUGGCACCAUGGCAACAGCAGGCUCCACCUCCACCUCCAACCAGUAGCAUGGCAACCAGUACACCACUGCCCUGGCAACAAAAUACCACCACUACGUCCAGCCCUGGCACUGGCACCCUUCCUCCAUGGCAACAGCCCCAGCAGCCUGCGGCCUCAGGAGCCCAGCCUCCACCACCCAUGGGUACCCCGUCCAUGGUGCCGCCUCCCCCUGGCGUCCAGCCCCCGUUGCCCCCUGGCGCCCCUCCCCCUCCCCCUCCACCACCUCCCGGCUCAACUGGCAUGAUGUAUGCACCACCACCACCCCCACCACCCAUGGACCCCUCCAACUUUGUCACCAUGAUGGGGAUGGGGGUACCAGGCAUGCCCCCCUUCGGCAUGCCCCCUGCCCCCCCACCUCCCCCGCCCCAGAAUUAAGCCUGCCACAGAAGACGAUGUCCUGCAGUGCUACACUUUGUCAUGCUACUCAAAUAGCCAGCUACAAAUUACAUUUUUGCAAAAUUCAUUGGGUUUAAUAUAUUGACCUUCAGUUUGCAUGAUUAAACACCACAUUUAUACUCCUGUCAUUCACCCUAUUUUGGCUUUGUGUUGAAUAAGAUUAAUAUUUUUGUAAUAAUGAGAUGUGAAUUGUAUCUUAGUUCUGUCAGAAAAACUUUUCUGUAGUACUGUCUCAGAUUGUUUUCCAGAAAUUCCCAGGGUUUUUAAUCUUUUUUUUCUUCUGUCACUGUCUGCAUCUCAGCCGGUUGGUUCUGCUACUUGAUUGCUGGGAAUCCGAUAAAUAUCUUUGUUUUUCUGCAUCUCUCUGCUCUGAUAAGAUGCCGUGUGCAGUGUUUGUGUUGCCUCUGCAAGGACAAAAAAUGUUAGUUUUACUCUUCUUUUUUUUUUUUCUGGAAUCGGUCUGUGUUAUGGCACUUGCCUGAAUGAAUAGCUGUUGAAAUCUUGCUUGGUUUAAAAUUAAACUGAUCCAUUUCA